GCCCGGCCCAAGAUCCGCGGCACGGCUGGGGAAUGUGGAGAGCGGGGAUGGCUGCCGGGGAAGGCCUGGGACCGGCGCUCAGGGCAGUCCAGGAGCGGGUGCAGCAGGCGGCGGUCAGCAGACCCAAGGGAUUGCCUGCUAUACAGCCUCGCCUUGUAGCUGUCAGUAAAACGAAGCCAGCGGAAAUGGUGAUUGAGGCCUACAACCAUGGGCAGCGCAGCUUUGGAGAAAACUAUGUCCAAGAACUUCUAGAAAAGGCAUCAGACUCCAGAAUUCUUGCUUCGUGUCCAGAGAUUAAAUGGCAUUUCAUAGGCCAUCUACAGAAAAACAAUGUCAACAAACUCAUUGCGGUACCUAACCUCUUCAUGCUGGAAACGGUGGAUUCCCCAAAACUGGCGGACAGAGUGAACGGUUCUUGGCAGAAGAAGGGGUCUUUGGAGAAGCUAAAGAUCAUGGUGCAAGUGAACACCAGUGGGGAAGACAGUAAACAUGGGCUGCCGCCUGGAGAAACGGUAACAACAGUGGCACACAUCCUCCAGAAGUGUCCCAGCCUGGAAUUUGUGGGCUUAAUGACAAUUGGCAGCUUUGGGCACGACCUCAGUAAGGGGCCCAACCCUGACUUCCAGAUGUUGAUAUCCUUGCGCGAGGAGUUGUGCGACAAGCUCAAUCUCCCCAUUGAAAAAGUUGAGCUGAGCAUGGGGAUGUCUACAGACUUCCAGCAUGCAAUUGAAGUUGGAUCGACAAACGUUCGGAUCGGAAGCACCAUCUUUGGAGAGCGAGACUACCCCAACAAACCUUCCAGCGACAAAGCUCCGAGGGAGAUUAAAGGCCAGCUGGAGAAUUUGACGGUGAAAGAGCACUAACAGGAGAAGGCCCUAGCGAUUCCUUCCGCGGAGGGAGGGAAAUCCUUUCUGAUAGACCUUACUAUGCACUUGACUUUCCCUUUGGGCUGGCAGCUGUGGGGCAACAUCAGGUAACCGGAGGGCGUCGCAGGCAUUUCGUCACCUGUAAUUUUAAUAUUGUAUAUCCAUAGAGAUUGAAUUUUUCUAAAAAAACAAACCAGCAAAUGGAGCACCAGUGAUUGACAAGUGACUUUUGGUACCUUAGCUGCAGUGGCUUUAGAUAGCUGCUCUGGAUAACCAGCUGACUUCAGCCCUACUAGGUCUGGGCAGGAAACAUUUCCAGCUGUGAACAUUACACAUUUCUAAUCGGAAACUUGGUUUCCCUGAGGUGGAAACCCCUCUUUGCGGGGGUGCCAUGGCCAUGCUCCAUUGACUAAGCCCCCCCUCCACCCCCACCCCCCACUGAAAUGCUUUAUGGGUAAACUGCUGUGUUGUGUGCCACCAAGCAUCCUAUCAGAGGUCGAGGUCUUAGACUCUUUAAUGCCGUGUUUCCCAACCAGUGUGCCUCCAGAUGUUUUGGGACUACAACUCCCAUCAUCCCUAGCUAGCAAGACCAGAGGUCAGGAAUGAUGGGAGUUGUAGUCCCAAAACAUCUGGAGGCACACUGGUUGGGAAACACUGCUUUAAUGACACUAAAAAGCACCUGUUCAGCAUGGGCGGUUUGCUGCUUGCCACACUGUGGAAAGAGAUGAGUCAGGGCGCACUUGCAAGCUUAAGCUUAAUGGCAGCUUUUGAGCCACAGGUUUGGAAGAUUUCUCUCUUUUUAGGUUGUAUUCAUCCUCCGAAGACUGCUGCUACGAGUUUCGAUAGUCGGCUGCAUAUCGCUUUCUCUCUCUCACUAUAAAAUGUCCCUUCCCCCCUCUCCUCUGGAAAAUUGAUGGUUGGAGUAGUUCUGCUAGGUAAAAGCAGUAUGUUCUGCUAGCCAAAGCCGGGAAAUUCCCUGACUCUACUGCUGACUUGCUGUGUGAUCUUGGCCAAGUCACUUAACCAUACUGUGCCUGUGUCCCCUAUAUGAGAAAAUCGGGGCUGACCUACCUCACGUGGGAGACCGAGAGGCUGUCGUGCCUGGAAAGUUCCUUGAAAUGCCCCCCCCUUUCCCACACUCCCUAAACCCCACCUGCCCUGGAGGAAAGGCAAUACUGCAGAAUAGAAUAGAGCAGUCUUGGACAGAAGGCCAAACUGAACCUUAACUCCAGGCAGUCAUUCACACACUUGCCUGGGCUUAUGUGUGUGUGGCAGGACAGCUUGAGCAGUGAGCCUGCAAGUAGCACAUAUGUGAAGAAACGGUUACCCUGGGCAACUGGUGAACUCCCGAAUUUUAAUGCAAAGCAUCCUUAUCCCAGAUGCUGGGUCCCAAGUGGUAAAAAAGUAACAAUGAGUUGUUUCCCCACUGUACAUAUCUUAAGGUUCAUUUAAAGCAGCCAUCACUCUUGCUUCACUAAGACCUCAUCUAAGUAUUCAUCUCUCCUCUGCAGCAUCCCCAAUCGGUGAAAAUGUUUACAGUGAAAUCUUGUUUUGUAACUCACAUGUUGACAAUCUACUUCAAGGCCCAGUCUGCUGCUACAAAUGACUUUAGUCCCCGGUAGAAAUACACCCCCCCCGGUCCUCUUUUCCCUAAUAGCUUGGGAGUUUGGUGUGUCUUUGGGUUACUCCAGUGGUGUCUCUUCAGCUCAGCCAUGGGGAGGUACCAUAGUUCAGUGCUAGAACACAUGCUUGGCAUGCAGAAGGUGCCAGGUUAAACCCUCGGCAUUUCCAGUUAAGAAAGCCAAAGCAAGUUAUGGAUGGAUCGCAUACCUGAGACCAAUCUUGGCUCCAGUGGGCUAGAUGAACCAGUGGUGUCACCUAAUAGAAGCCAGUUUCCUAUGCUCCUAGCAGUGGCACUUGGUUUUUCUCGUCCUGGGCACUGAAUGUAACUGCAAAGAACAAACACCCAGCCCACUUAGAGUCCCACGACGUAGGUGCAAUGCUAAAUGCAGCCCAAACUCCUUCCCUCCCGCCCCGAGCUCCGCAGUGCAGUGUUUUCAUGUGUGUUAAGAAAUAAAACCAGUUGUGGAUCAGAAUACUGUACCAUCUGUGCCAGUUACUAAGCUAUUAAAGAUGUUAUUUUUUCUUC